AUGGGGAGGGGAAAGAUUGUGAUCCGCAGGAUCGACAACUCCACGAGCCGGCAGGUGACCUUCUCCAAGCGCCGGAACGGGAUCUUCAAGAAAGCCAAGGAGCUCGCCAUCCUCUGCGAUGCGGAGGUCGGCCUCAUGAUCUUCUCCAGCACUGGCCGCCUCUACGAGUACUCUAGCACCAGCAUGAAAUCAGUUAUAGAUCGCUACGGCAAGGCCAAGGAAGAGCAGCAAGUCGUCGCAAAUCCCAACUCAGAGCUUAAGUUUUGGCAAAGGGAGGCAGCAAGCUUGAGACAACAACUGCACAACUUGCAAGAAAAUUAUCGGCAGUUGAUGGGAGAGGAUCUUUCUGGGCUGAAUGUUAAAGAACUGCAGUCCCUAGAGAAUCAGUUGGAAACAAGCCUGCGUGGUGUCCGUGCAAAGAAGGACCAUCUCUUGAUAGAUGAGAUUCACGAAUUGAAUCGAAAGGCAAGUUUAUUUCACCAAGAAAACACAGACUUGUACAAUAAGAUCAACCUGGUUCGCCAAGAAAAUGCUGAGUUACAUAAAAAGACUGGAAUUGAGCCGUGGAAUUCAGAGGAUGAUUGCUUUCUAGUUGCAUUUGAUGUUUGA